AGAAAACUGUCACCAAGUGGAAAUACAGAGGAUCCCCGCAAUCAGUUGAUUGCGAUGCGCCGGCAGCUCGACUAGCGCAAGGGGGUGGGGCUCAACAAGGAUGUGAUAAAGAGCGCAGUCCAGUAACUUGUUAGUUAGCUACUUUAGUAGUUGUUGUCCAUGCCUUAUAUGUUAUGAUCUACACUUACACAAGAGAACUUUCGAUUCCCUGCGCUCCCGUCUGCGGACGGAGGUGGCGUAACAAGGCUAUGAUGAUGGAGAUAACGAGCGCUGCCCACUAUUUUGUUAGUUUGUUACUCCGUUACAUUAUGUACUGAUCUAUUUUUACACUAGAGAAUUUUUUGUUCUCCUCGCAGGCUGGUUAGCAGGGCUGCUCAAGUCCAGCCCACUCUCCUUCCCAGGCUUAAAUUCUUGGGAUGCGACUACAGACGGACCAGUUGGCCAGAAGUGUACCUGCAUCAUGCCGCCGAGACAGACAGUUGCUUCGUCGAUAAGUGACUAUGUUGAAAAGCCCCUACAGAAUCCCACAGCUAGUGGCCCGUCUGCGUCUACGGGUGCUGUGACCGAGCGCAAGAUCACAGGCGUUGCGUGGUUUGUUGUCAAUGUUGCGCUGCUGUCGGCGACUUUUCUGUACGCCUUCGACAAUACCGUGACCGCAACGGUGCGGCCUGCCAUUGUCGACACAUUUGGCAAUCGCAUAGAUAUGCUACCGUGGGUUUCAGUGGCGUAUCCCAUGGGUGAAGUUGGAACCAACCCUAUCUGGGCGAAGCUCAACAAGUUCCUCGACGGCAAGCUUGUCUUUCUCGCUGCCCUGCUUAUCUUCGAAGUAGGAUCUGCGGUUAUCGGCUCAGCGUCGUCCAUUGGCGCUGUCGUCGCGGGUCGCGCUUUGGCUGGCUCCGGUGGCUCAGGCAUCUAUGUCGGCACCAUUAGCAUGAUCACUGGAAUGACGACUGCCAAAGAACAAAACCAAUAUCUUAAUAUUGUCGGCAUGGCGUGGAGCUUGGGAACUAUCCUUGGCCCCGUUAUAGGAUCUGCGUUUGCUGAUUCGCCUGCAACAUGGAGAUGGGCUUUUUAUAUUAAUAUCUGUGUUGCCGCCGUUGCCGCGCCCGCAUGUAUCUGGAUUAUGCCUUCGGCGCCACCUAGCGUGUUUCUAGGAGCCAUGGACGUGAUCAGGGCGUUUGACCAUCUGGGUGCUGUGCUAUUCCUUGGCUCUGCUGUGUCGACAGUCAUGCUUCUAGGGUUUGGCGGCGUCGUGUACAGCUGGGAUAGCGGCCAGAUGAUUGGACUUUACGUUACCACUGCUAUUAUAUGGAUCAUGUUUGCUCUGCAGCAGAGAUUCCACCUUUUUACAUCGGAUCGCAUUUUCCCCGUGCAGUUCUUCAAGGAUCCAUUGGUGGUUGGCCUGUGGAUCUGGACAAUUGUCGCAAUUUCUGACAUCGUUGUCACCAUCUACACGCUUCCGUUGUUUUUCCAGUUUGUGCUGCAUGACUCUUCGAUGCGCUCUGCAGUCUAUACCCUGCCAUUUGUAGCCUCUAUUGUGGUCAGUGCGGGCAUUAGCGGGGGAGUGAUGCCCAAGUUCCCAUGGUACAAGUGCUGGUUCAUCUGGGCCAGUGUCCUGCUUCUUGUUAGCAACGGCCUGCUGUCCAGCAUUCACACGAAUACCUCUCGGGCUACCAUUUGUGGAUAUACCGUUAUGCAGGGUUUUGGUGUCGGACCAGUCAUUCAACUUGGCUAUACUGUGGGCCAGUUGAAGCGUCCGCAGGCGGCAAGGAAAGACGUUACAGCUUUCUUCUCUUGUGCGCAGAUGGGUGGUCUAGCCUUGUCACUGGGCAUCGCUACCUCUGUUCUUAUCAACCAUGCUACGGAGAAGAUAUCGCACAUUCUACCAAAUGUUCCUCUUAGCGAAAUCAGAGGCGCUAUUGAUGGAGUAGGAAGUAGCCUGCUCGCGACGUUGUCCGAACAUGUUCGUGCUCAGGUCACGAACGCAGUUACGCAGAGUGUAGCUUCCGUGUUUUACCUGAACAUAUUUGGUGCAGCGCUUGGGUUCCUUAUUGCUCUUCCUCUCAAACUUGAGAAAUUGGAUUUCGCCGCGCUGCAAUAAUGCAAUUAUCUAUCUGCUCCAAGCUGACAAACGUUCAGUGCACAUAUCACUGUUAGCAUGAUACAACUGUUAUAUUCGAAAUGGUAUUGAUUGGCGAUAUGCUCUUGUAUAUAACCUGG